UGACCUACUGUAUUCAUCCCAUGAGCGGCUUCAAUACAACAAGCGUGAGUGGUAACCUGACCGUCUCCACCAAUGGAUUGUGUGGGAACGGGACUACCUGUCUGGGCUCGUUGUUUGGAGACUGCUGUUCCAUCUCUGGGUAUUGUGGCAGCACUUCCGACUACUGCACGGCCGGAAUCUGCGAUGCGACCCAUGGCCUAUGUGUCUCAGGUAACCCUGUCUCGCUAGACGGCCUCUGUGCAUCCCAGUCGUCAACCAACGCGACUUGUGCUGGAAGUGAGUUUGGAUUUUGCUGCUCGGUUGACGGUUAUUGCGGUAGUACCUCUGACUAUUGUGGCUACAAAACAUGUCAGAGAGAGUUUGGAAGCUGUGAUGAAGCUCCUUCAGUCAGCUCUGACGGAUUGUGCGGUGCCCUCUCAUCAGUUAACGCCACAUGUGCCGGUAGCACAUUUGGCGACUGUUGUUCGAUUCAUGGAUAUUGUGGCAGCGCGUCCGACUACUGUGCCUACAAUAGCUGCCAGUCGGCAUUUGGCUCCUGCGAUGCUGGUUCCACAAUCAGCGACGAUGGCCUCUGCGGGGCUCUCUCGUCUUCUAAUGCUACCUGUGCUGGAAGUACCUUUGGCGACUGCUGUUCGAUUGACGGCUACUGUGGCAGCACGUCUGACUACUGUGCCUAUGAUAGUUGUCAGUCAGUGUUUGGAACUUGUGAUCCCGGCCCUACCGUCAGUUCAGAUGGGCUUUGCGGCGCCCUUUCAUCUACCAACGCUACUUGUGCGGGUAGCACCUUCGGGAGCUGUUGUUCAGUUAAUGGCUACUGUGGAAGCACCGACGAGUACUGCGGCAUCGGGACCUGCGACUCUGCCGCAACGUGUCUGGGCAGUCAGUUUGGCGACUGCUGCUCGGUGAACGGAUACUGUGGUAGCUCAGAUGCUUACUGCGCAGCGGUGAAUUGCUUGACUGAGUAUGGCAGCUGCUUAGCUUGA